AUGGAUCCACGGCAUCCGCCCAAGCUUCCCUUUUCGCCGUCGCCAUACGCUCGUUCUCCUUUCCGUUCCGCUCCUCCAACAACACCAUCAUCAGCAUCCUCCGUCACCGGCGUCAUCGCGACUUCCUCUGCUGCAAGCGCCUCGGCCAGCGCAUCAGCCGCAGCUGCCCUCUCCGCACCCGCUUCGACAUCGGCUUCCUCGUCCGAGCCUUCGUUUGUCCUCGCGCACGCGUCGUCGCAUCCUUCUCAUGCCCAUGCCCAGAGUCUGAGCCCCGGCCAGAGCCCUGCGUAUGCCGCCCAUAACCAGUUUCAGCGACGACCCUCGGACACGCCCUUCCAUUCAUCAUCGGCCCGCCACUUUCAAGAUCCUGCUGCCGCCCCUCGCGUCCAGGGCUCAUCGUCGCUUCCAUCUCUUAGAAACCUAAAUCGCGCCAUGCCGCCUCCAAACUCGCCUCCUCAACCCGGUGCGAAGCAGCAGCAGCCGCCGCCCCCGGCGCACACCAUGAUGGGUUACGGUCCCCCUCCGCCGAGAGCACCUCCCGUCAGCGUCGGGCCUCCUACGUCUUUCCCCCAUAGUCGAGAGCUUCCUGCCUUGAAUCCAAUUGCGAGAACUGGCAGCAGCAACAGCUCCAUGUCGAUAUCGGCCAUGUUGGGCGGGCCGCCCAUGCGCGACUCGCAACCUCCACCACCAUCACAUUAUCCUCCACACUCAACAGCACCUGGCUCCGCUCCGGGUUUUGCGCCUGCUGUACAUGCAUCACCGCGGAUGCACUCUGCCGCAUCCGAUUAUCCUCCCUUUCGUCGACCUCAAACCCCCGACCACCAGCGGCCGUACGAUCAUCGAAACUCACCGCCCGGUCAUUAUUCUACACCCGAACUUCAGCGCUACGGCACCCCGUCUGCCUACAACUCAAGACACCCUACUGGCUCGGCCGACCACGCGAGAGAAGCUAAUAGACUACCUCCUGCACCUCCUCCAAGACCGAGCAGUCAGCCCAAGGCAUAUCCAGGGAUGCCACCUCGGCCCAUGGAAAUGGGUAGGGCUCCAGGACCAGAGGAAGCUUAUGGAAGGCGAGAAGAAAUGGCAAGGCCCCCGCCGGGCAUGGAAUACAAUCCAGAGAGGGCUGGCCUGCGUCCUUAUCCCUUUGACGAUCGAUAUAGAGCAGAGCGCGAACGGCAAGGCGAAGCAGAACAGCGCGAAAGGGAGAGAAGGGAGCGCGCGUAUUCUGGAAGCGACUCGGGUCGACACCCAAUGCACCCUGGUGACUACGCACAUAGGGAGCCUCCCAGGAACCCGCUACCGUAUGGCCGACCACCUGAGCGCGACCCUAGAGAUGGACGCGACCCACGAGAGAGAGAUCCUCGCGAUCCUCAAGCCAGGGACCCGAGAGACAUGCGAGAACGUGAUCCACGAGAAGCCCACUGGCCCCGUCCAGGCCCCGACCCGAGCUAUCGCGCCCCUAUGGAGCAUCAACGCCCGCACCCCGAUUAUCCCCCUUCCACGGCGCCGUACCCGGGUCACGGCCCCGCCUACCAGGCUGCGCCCCCGGACCGAUACCCCCCGGCCUCGCAUCCGCCUCCUGCUCCGAAUGCGCCCACAGGCCCCCCGCAGCCUUAUGACUCCCCCGACCGAGCCCGAAUGAACCUGUUGCAUCAACAGCAACAACCACCCCCUCCACACCGACGACCUGGUGAAGAGGGACCGCCGCCUCCAACGAUCGCUUAUAACGGAACUCACGGCCCGGGCCCAUUCGAGUCGCCUCGGCACCGGAAUAGCGACGACGCGUCUGCUCCGAACGGUCAACGUAAUUUGCUGGCUAUUCAAGAAAUGAAUCGCAAAGGCAGGAUAUCGCCGCUCCCGCAAGCUGUGCAGGGCGCACAAUUGCAGCAGCCAGGCCCAACAGGCGAACCAGGAAUUAAGAGCGAAUUUGGUCGAAUGUUUGCUGGUAUUGGUAAUGGAGUCAUGGGCGUGUCAAGUCCCAUCAUAUCUGCUGCCAUGCCGUUUACAAAUGCCAGCCUGGCCAAGCGGGAGGACUCCGAGAACCUGACCCCAGAAUCGGGUCCAGAUGCAGGAGGCAAGGGCACCAAAGGCCGUAGGAGAAAGCUCAAGGAGGAGGAUGGUAAAGGCGAUGAUGACAGCUCUGGGCGACUCACCCCAGCAAACCGGGCCAAGCGACCCAAAACGCACCAACAUCAUCACCAUCACCAUCAUCCGCAUCACCAUCACCACCACGUCGAUCCCGCGCAACCCGGUGGCGCUACUCCAUUUAAGAACAUGAAAGGGGUCGUUGGCGCAACGGAUAAGGGCCUCCCCAUCCCGCACCAUCAUCAUGCUCCUCGACCGAUGCAUACCCACCAGCCAGUGAAGCAGCCCGUGCAGAACGCCGCUCCGGUCAUACCCCCCAAGCCGAAGACCAUUGUAUCGUCGAAAGCGGUAUUGGAAUCUGUCUCGAGUCGACCGCGAAACCACCUGGGAGACUUUAUAUACGAACCGGGCUUGAAGGCAGGAAAACUCAUUUCCCACGGCCCCUCCCAGCGGGCCUUUGCUUCAAACCCGAAGCCUCUGCCCUGGGAUAUGAUCAAGGACAAGGAGAACUGUAUCUUGACGGUCAAGGUUGCGCGCAUCCAUUUGUCGUCCAUCUCGAGGGAGGAAAUAACGUCCCGGGGGUAUCUUUGGGGUACGGACGUGUACACUGAUGACUCGGACGUGGUUGCAGCGUGCAUUCACAGCGGAUGGAUCAAGGGUGAAUGGAACGAGGACGUCGACAGUUCAUUUUUGGAAUUGGAUCAGGGAACUGGCGAUAAACGACGUAAGAAGACCGCCAAUUCGUCGAUUGACCUGGAAUCGGAAGGCCUCAUCACAGCACCACCACCUGGUGGCCCGAUGGCGGUACCAGCACGACGCGACCUUCAUGUCAACGUCUUAAUCCUGCCUCGCCUAGUCAAGUACGCUGCUUCUACACGGUACGGAAUUUCGAGCCGAGAAUUUGGUGGAGACUACGCUCAUCGCCAUGCGGUUCAUGACGGCAUCAGCUACAUGAUCAAGAGCAUCCGAUGGGUAGAGAAUGGGGCACAGCCACAGUCACGACUUCGAGGAAAGGCUCGCCGGGAACGCAUGCGAAAGGCCAUGUGGGAGGUCAAGGGGGGCCAUAAUAAUGCCAACGGGAUCGAUCGCGAGCAAGAGAAGGAGCAAAUGGGGCGACUACGAGGCGAGAUCUCGGCCACUUGGAGGAAGAAGGAAACGGAACAAAAGGAGCAAAAGGACAAGGACAAAAACCCCGACGCGGACGACAAUGGGAACCAGGCCAACGACAGAGAAGCCAGCAAACCAGAGUCAAAGGAGCAGGACAAGGACGUCGAAAUGCAGGAUACUGAGCCGGCGAAGGAGGCGCAGACGGAACAAUGA